CUCGAUCUCCCGGCCCAAACCCUCCCACAGACCGCCCCCGUCCUCGCGAUAGGUCGGUAUUUCAUCCGACGCGGCCAACGCGCCGAAUUCCAGCGGACGUUUGAGGCGAGCAAAGCCCAUCUUGAGGCGUUUACGACCCCGUAUUCGCUGGUGGGCGGGUGGGUUGCUAGGGGUGAAGGGGAGGAUGGGGGGAAUGCAGACACCGACGAGGGGACAGCGGAGUUUGUUCUGUUCAGUGGGUGGGAGGCUGUUGAGAGGCAUUUUGCGUUUGCGGAGACGGAGGGCUUUAAGGAGUUUGUGAGGAUUAAGGAGUUUAUGGAGGGGGCGGAGAUCAAGCAUGCUGUGAGGUGGGAAGGGGGUGUCUGA